AUGAGGCUACUAACUUUUGUGGCUGUUGGUUUAACACUUAUUAUAAGUUCAAUUCAAAUAGAACGAUUGGAAGAUGUCUUAGUCUAUGCUGUUGAACCCGCAACGAAAAUUCGAAAACGCGAAAUAAGUGAUACCGAUUCUCCUAAGGCAAAGAGUUCUGUUCAGUUUAAAGAAUUCGUUGAAGAUAAAUUAAUUCAACACACGCAAGCGUUGGAGCAUCUAGUAAAAUUGGUGCAAGCGAACGAAGAAACGACUAGACAGUUGCUCGAAAACUUGAGCAACCGUGUUGAGAAGCCAAUGUUGCCCCAAAAGAUAGAGAUAACGUCACGAAGAUCCUUCUCCUCUAAGCCAGUCUCAUUGGUAGAUCAGCCGAACAAUAAGAUCAGCCCAUGGUGUUCCGUUGCUAUACUAUGUCAUAGAACGUAUUCUCCUGUCUGUGGUUAUGAUGAUAAUUUUGGUUAUGGGAAAUUCGAUGAUAUCUGUCACAUGCUUCAGGUUAAUUGUUAUUGGAAGUACAAUUUUGCUCUUGUGCCUUCUUGCCGGCCAGUGAUA